AUGAGCUUCUCUAACAUCUCAGAAGCUUCUCUCCUUGCUGUUUACCGGACCGCUAUUGUCAUCAAGUUGAACUACUUUGGCUGGAGAGCAGUUGACGUCCCAGAAUCCGACCCGAGACCUGGAUUCUGGUGGAACUUUCUGGUGCAGAUGUUCUACAAUCCUUGCGCACGCUAUGCCAUCUACGCGCUCAACAUCUUCAACGCGGCGCAUGCCGUUGCCAUCUUCUUCACUGCACUCUUCCAAUGCAUGCCCAUGGAGGCCAACUGGGACUUUGCCCUCAAGUUCGAACCCGGGACCAAGUGUAUCGAUCACUCUUUCCACGUGAUCGGCUCAUCUCUGACAAUUUUCACCGAUCUGUGCAUCUUGAUCAUCCCAUUCUGGAUUUUCCUGAGUCUCAAGAUGCCCAGGGUUGCCAAGAUCGUGGUCAUUGGCAUCUUCUUUCUGGGGUCUCUUAUUGCCGUUUUUUGUGUCAUCCGAGUCGUGGACGUGUACAACAUCUUCUUUGUCACACCAGAUCCGGAUAGCGACCCGUACUAUAACAUUACGGUUGUCUACUCGAGCGCCGAGGUCAACUUGAUCAUCAGCACCGCGACGAUGCCUACACUACGCUCGCUCUUCCGAAAGUGGUUCCCAAUAAACAUGGCCGGCUUCGUGCAGCCCCUUUGCGAACACACGCACCGACGCCUGCAUAUCUUCCCGCUCCUGGCGUCGAUAUCCUGGUUCUCGACGCUCACAAUCCUCUUCGCCCGAUGGAUCAGCCUCGGCCGACCACGCUACCCAGGCCAAGUCAACCCCGACGUCCCCUUCGUCAGCGACAUUGCGGCGUUUGCCUUCAAGCCCAUCUUCAUCAUCGGGUGCACGCUGACCAGCAUCGGCUUCGUGGGCACCGUCUGGAGCGUGCACCAUGUGCGCUACUCGGUGCACUUUUACGGCCUGACCGACGACAAGGCCUGGAGGAAGGUGCUGAGCGGCAUGGCCAUGGUCAGCGGCCUGGUCGCUGGUGGCUGCCUGCUGCUACUCAGCGUCUUCGACACCUUUGAGGAGCACGAGAAGCAUCGGUGGCUGCUGGUGGGCACAUUUGGCGGUCUGGCCCUUAGUUCGCUCGCGACAGAAGCUGUGUGGUGGGACGAGACGUACAAGGCUGCGCGCUUCCCGGGCCUGAGGAAGUGGUGCUUGGUCAACACCGUUCUCGUCCUGUGCAUCGCCGUCACGGGCACCCUGUUCCUCGUGUUCCUCUACACCGACUACUACAGACGAGCGGGUUACCUCGAGUGGACGAUCACCUACCUCGGGUCACUAUGGCUGGGCACGUUUGCAGGUUACAUCAGAUUCCGCGAGAGAGGUGGUGUCGCCCGGGCGCACCAUGAACCCGAGCAGCAGCCCCUCUUAUCCCCAUAA